UAUAUUACGUAAACAAAAAUCAAUAUGGCAGCGCUCAAGGAUUUCGAGUUCAUCCCCAUCCCAAGAGCUGUGUCAGCAAAAGCCUGUUUUCUCCUUAUAUUCGUCUAAAGUCUUGGUCGUGCCGUGCUCUACAUGAUAUUUAUACACACUUUUGAAGGAAAACGAGUUGAGAUAUUUCUGUGAUAUUGAUUUAUUCAUCGUACAACAAGUGCAUCGAUCGUGUGUGUGGAAAUGGCCAAAGCCGGUGGUGUAGUCGGGUUUGUGGGGUUGGAUGAUAUUUCUUUGGAGUUGGCUGCUUCUCUUUUGCGCUCUGGCUAUUCUGUUCAGGCGUUUGAGAAAUCCAGUCAACUGAUGAAUGACUUCUCAAAUCUCGGCGGUAAAAGGUGUGCCAAUCUGACUGAGAUAAAGCAAGGUGUGAAUGCUUUGGUCACACUGAUAUCUCACACUGAUCAAAUAGAUGAUCUCUUUCAUGAUGACGAGGGUGUUCUAAAAGGAUUGCCAACAGAUGUAAUCAUCAUUAUCCACUCAACCGUACUACCUGUACAUAUCGAGAAGUUGGAGAAAAGUCUCACAGAGGAUCAUCAUAUUGAAGUUGUUGUUGAUAUGUGUGCCUUAAAAGCAGUCUCUGAAGUCUCAAAUGGAAAAGUCAUGAUUAUUUCUUCUGGGCGAUCCGAGUCGACCUCUAGGGCAAAGCCCUUCCUUUCAGCUAUGGGCGAGAAACUUUUCUUUUUUGAGGGUGAUGUAGGUGCGGGCAGCAAAAGUAAAAUGAUAAUUGAGCUUCUUGAAGGAAUUCACCUCAUAGCUUCUCUUGAAGCCAUCUCUCUGGGUACUCAAGCUGGGAUACAUCCACGGAUAAUAUAUGACAUUGUCUCUAAUGCAGCUGGAAACUCAUGGGUUUUCAAAAAUUACAUCCUCAAUCUGUUAGAGAACAAUCUGUCCACCUCUCAUCUCUUCUAUACUUUUAACCAAAACUUGGGAAUAAUAUUGGAGAUGGCAAGUUCACUGAUAUUCCCUCUUCCACUUACAAGUGUUGCUCAACAACAAAUCCUUGCAGGAUGUACUCAUGGAGGGAAGGAAGAUGAGAAUACCACAUUGCUCAAAGUCUGGGAGGAGUUAUCUGGAGUUAACAUCAUAGAUGCUGCCAAUGCAAAAUUGUACAAUCCAGAGGAAAUGGCUAAGCAAUUAUCUGCCAAAUCAAAAACUGUAAAGCGAAUCGGAUUUAUUGGGCUGGGAGCAAUGGGAUUUGGAAUGGCAACACAUUUGCUGAAAUCAAAUUUCACUGUACUUGGUUAUGAUGUCUACAGACCUUCACUAUCUCGAUUUGAAAAUGAAGGAGGCAUUGGAGGGAGCAGUCCUGCAGAAGUAUCCAAAGAUGUGGAUGUAUUGGUCUUAAUGGUCACAAAUGAAUAUCAAGCUGAAAGUGUUCUGUUCGGGAAAACUGGUGCUGUAGCAGCACUUCCAUCUGGAGCAACUAUUAUCCUUUCAUCCACUGUAUCUCCGGCAUUUGUCAGUCAGCUAGAAGGAAGAUUGCUUGAUGAACAAAAGAAUUUCAAGCUGGUGGAUGCUCCUGUCUCUGGGGGUGUGAAGAGGGCUGCUGAUGGAACACUUACUAUAAUGGCAUCAGGUACAGAUGAAGCUCUGGUUCAUGCUGGUUCAGUACUUUCAGCAUUAAGCGAGAAGCUUUAUAUCAUAAAUGGAGGUUGUGGAGCUGGAAGUGGUGUAAAAAUGAUCAAUCAACUACUUGCUGGAGUUCAUAUUGCAUCAGCAGCAGAAGCAAUGGCAUUUGCAGCUCGGUUGGGCCUGAACACUAGUCAGUUAUUUGACAUCAUCACGAUGAGUGCUGGAACAUCAUGGAUGUUUGAGAAUCGUGGUCCACACAUGGUAGAGAAUGACUAUACACCAUUAUCUGCACUUGAUAUAUUUGUGAAGGAUUUGGGCAUAGUAUCUCGUGAAGGCUCUUCUCGAAAGGUUCCACUUCAUGUGUCAAAUGGUGCACAUCAAUUGUUCUUGUCAGGUUCAGCUGCAGGAUGGGGUCGAAUAGACGAUUCUUCUGUAGUAAAGGUUUAUGAGACACUUACAGGAGUCAAAGUUGAAGGAAAACAUCAUGCUUUGAGCAAAAAGUUUGUCCUUGAUUCUCUUCCACCUGAGUGGCCAACGGAUCCUAUUGAGGAUAUAGUUAGCCUAAACCAGAAAAGUUCGAAAACAUUGGUUGUUUUGGAUGAUGAUCCAACUGGGACGCAAACAGUUCAUGACAUUGACGUCUUGGCAGAAUGGAGCAUUGAGUCACUUGUUGAACAUUUUGGUAAAAGGCCAAAGUGCUUUUUUAUUUUGACAAAUUCACGGUCAAUGAGUUCCAAGAAGGCUAGUGAACUAAUUAAAGAGAUCUGCAGCAACUUGUCUGCUGCUGCGAAAACAGUGGAUAACACUGAGUACACUGUGGUUCUGAGGGGGGAUUCAACACUGCGAGGUCAUUUCCCAGAGGAAGCAGAUGCUGCCGUAUCUGUAAUUGGUGCAGUGGAUGCAUGGAUAAUUUGCCCCUUUUUCCUACAAGGAGGCCGCUAUACUAUUGGGGACGUGCACUAUGUUGCGGAUGCUGAUAGUCUCAUCCCUGCAGGUGAAACAGAGUUUGCGAAAGAUGCUUCGUUUGGCUAUAGAUCUUCGAAUCUGCGGGAGUGGGUGGAGGAGAAAACUGGAGGACGUAUAACUGCGAGUAGUGUGGCUUCCAUUUCUAUUCAACUUCUAAGGGAGGGCGGGCCUCGAGCUGUUUGUGAACAUCUCUGCAGUUUAAAAAAGGGAUCUAUAUGCAUAGUUAAUGCUGCUAGUGAAAGAGACAUGGCUGUAUUUGCUGCAGGAAUGAUCGAGGCAGAAAUAAAAGGCAAAAGUUUCUUAUGCCGCACUGCAGCUAGCUUUGUUUCUACUCGGGUUGGAAUAAAACCAAAAGCUCCAGUGUUGCCACAUGAUCUGAUGUUGUCCAGGGAGAGGAUUGGUGGACUCAUAGUUGUAGGGUCAUAUGUUCCCAAAACGACAAAACAGGUUGCAGAACUGUUGGUUCAAAGAGGCCAUGCCAUGAAAAGGAUUGAGGUUUCGGUUAAUAAAAUCGCUGAGAACUCAAUAGAAGAAAGAGAGCAAGAGAUUAAUCAAGCAGCUGACAUGGCCGACGUAUACCUAAAAAGUGGAAAAGACACUCUUAUACUGACUAGCAGGAAACUUGUUGUAGGGAAAACUGCUUCUGAAAGCCUAGAGAUCAAUUGCAAAGUAAGCUCUGCUCUAGUGGAGAUAGUACGCAGGAUAACUUCAAGACCACGUUACAUUCUUGCAAAGGGGGGAAUUACUUCCUCGGACCUUGCGACAAAAGCUCUAGAAGUAAAACGAGCCAAAAUUGUGGGCCAAGCUCUGGCUGGAGUACCCUUAUGGCAACUAGGACCUGAAAGCAGACAUCCAGGCAUCCCUUAUAUUGUCUUUCCUGGAAAUGUUGGUGAUAAUAAAGCUAUAGCAGAAAUUGUAAAAAACUGGACACAUCCAGGCAGGAUUUCAACAAAGGAACUUCUUCUUAAUGCAGAAAAAGGCGGAUAUGCUAUUGGGGCCUUUAAUGUUUAUAAUCUGGAAGGGGUUCAGGCAGUUGUUGCUGCUGCGGAGGAGCAACGGAGUCCAGCUAUUUUGCAGAUUCAUCCCGGUGCCUUCAAACAAGGAGGAGCUCCAUUGGUAGCCAGUUGUAUCUUUGCUGCUGAACGAGCUAGUGUUCCUAUUACAGUUCACUUUGACCAUGGAAGUUCAAAGCAAGAACUGUUGGAGAUUCUAGAAUUGGGAUUUGACUCGAUCAUGGCUGAUGGUUCUCAUCUAUCCUUCAAGGAAAAUAUUGCGUAUACCAAGUAUCUUGCAGUCUUGGCACAUUCUAAAAAUUUAUCAAUAGAAGCUGAGUUGGGAAGAUUGUCUGGAACAGAAGACGAUUUGACUGUAGAAGAUUAUCUAGCAAGACUAACUGAUGUCAACCAGGCGAACGAGUUCAUUGAUUCAACUGGUAUAGAUGCUUUGGCUGUUUGCAUUGGGAACGUUCAUGGAACAUACCAUGCUAGCGGCCCAAAUCUGAGACUCGAUUUGCUCAAGGAUAUAUAUGAUUUAACUUCAAAAAGAGGAGUUCACCUUGUUCUUCACGGCGCUUCUGGCUUGCACAAGGAUAUUAUCGAGGAAUGUGUGAAGCUCGGAGUAAGGAAAUUCAACGUCAACACUGAGGUUAGAAAGGCAUACAUGCUUUCAUUAACGAAGACCGAGAAAGAUGUCGUCCACGUUAUGACAUCUGCAAAGGAAGCAAUGAAAGUUGUGGUUGCUGAGAAGAUGCGUCUCUUUGGCUCUUCUGGGAAAGCUUAGUAAUUCAACUUUUUCUUUUCUUCGUUCAUUUUCCUAUUUGAUGAUCUGCACUCGAUUUAGGAAUUACUAUGGGCUUGUUUACAUAAUAUAUGGAAAUUGCGAAUGCUUUUCAGUCGGCCAUUCUGAUUAAUUCUUCAAUGAAGUGCCAUAGUUUUUGUAAAAAGUAA